UCCUCUUACUGCAUCUCACUAUCCAGUUCAGACCUCAAUGUGAAUCAGGACACAAGGCUUACAGAAAUGAUCCGAUCAGCUCAAAAUAUUCAUUCCUUUCUUUUUGUGUUGCUUGGCAUGAUACUAAGUGGGCUCAUUUAUGUGGGCUAUACCUCUACCUGGGAAAAAUACAGAGGGCAAAACGAGUGCCUCAAAACAGAGGGUUACCUGGGAAUCACUAAGAUAACCACACUAGUCAGUACAAACAUGCAGCAGGACGUCAAUUUGUACUCGCCACAAGGGCUCUUUUACAAACAGCCCAUUGUGGUGGGCACAGGGGGCAUUGUUACCUUGACACCAUGGUUGGCCCCAAUUGUAUGGGAAGGAACUUUCGAUCCCCAGCUAAUUGAUUCUAUCUACAAGCAACAAAACAUCACCAUAGCUACUACAGUCUUCGCUCUUGGAAAAUACACGCAGUUUCUCAAAACAUUCCUGGAGUCAGCAGAGCAGCAGUACUUUGUCGGAUUCCGUGUGAGUUAUUACAUAUUCACAGAUAAACCCGAAGAUGUUCCUGUAGUCAAGCUUGGCACUGAACGUUACCUAACAGUAUUAAAAGUCCCUAGUUCUAACAGAUGGCAGGAGAUCACCUUGCGCAGGAUGGAAAAGCUGGAGAAACUGAUCGAGAGCCAAUUGGCCAAUGAAGCAGAUUACGUUUUCAGCCUGGAUGUAGAUACAAAGUUCUAUGGCCACUGGGGGGCAGAGUCUUUGGGUCGCCUCGUGGGCGUUAUACACCCUGGUUACUAUCAAACACCACGUGAACAAUUCCCGUAUGAACGCAGACCAAAAUCACAGGCAUUUAUUCCCUCAGCAGAGGGCGAUUAUUAUUAUGGCGGAGCUGUGAUCGGUGGCUUUGUUAAAGACGUGCUUCAGCUCGCUAAAACAUGCAGGAAGCAACUAGACGCCGACGCGGCUAUAUCCAUUGAGGCAGUGUGGCAGGAGGAAUCACACUUGAACAAAUACUUCAUUUAUAACAAACCCAGUAAGGUGCUCUCACCUGAGUACCUGUGGCAGGAUUUCAAAGCGAAAACAAAAGAGGUCAAAGUCAUUCGAUUCUCUCAGGUUAAUAAAAACUAUGCUGCAGUUCGCCCAAACCCGUAGGAACUGCUUUUAAAGGAACAGUUCAACCAAAAUAAAAAUUCUGUCAUCGGAUACUCACCCUCAUUAACGCUGGUCACUGAACAACAUUCAUUGUAUGGACACAAAAGCACUGAGAUAUUUCUCAAAACUCUGUGUGCCACAUGGGUUUUGAAUGACAUGAGAGGGAAUAAAUGAUGACAGAAUUUUUUUUUUUUAUAUAUAUAACAUUGCUACUGUUAUGCACUUUUUUUAAGUUGGCUUUGGUACGAGAACAAGUCGGGCAUUUUAGCAUAGUCGGCCAAAUAUUGUUCAUUUACCUUUUCUUAUUGUUGAACAGUGUUAUUUUGUAAAUACUUUGAAAUGAAUCGUUUUCUGUAUAUACUGUUACUGUGGUUUUUAUGCACAACAUGCCCCUGAGCAUAAUAGCUGCUCUAUACGGUCAUCUGGAUGUAUAACCUCUUUAAAGUAAAUGCAUUUAAUAAGAGCAAACAAGCCUCUCUGUUUUUUUACAUGACCUAAAGACACUGGAGGAAUAUUUGAAUGCUGUUUCCGUGAAUCUGUGUAUUUAACAAAUAAAUGAAAGGAAUAGGUACCCAAAAAUACAAAUUGUGUGUCUAGUC